CAAAUAUCGAUACCAAUCCAUAUCCACAAUAACUGUGCGAUACCAACCUCUGGUAUCAUCGUUUUUACAGUACACGUAUCCCGACCGACUCGUUACUCAUACACACAGACACACGCCCCCACGAAAGUAUGAAGAUUGUUCGUGUUACUACGCUACUACUAUCGCUCGUCUUCACGACGGCUUUUGUCGUGGACCGACCUACGGUCGCUCGCACAUCGACGGCACGCGCCGACACACCGCACGGCGCCCGGGACAUUUCCGCCCGUUCGGAAACUCUCGACACGGUGUACACCUCGGAGCAGAUCGACGCCCUCUUGCCGCACCGUUACCCCUUUGCCCUCGUCGAUAAGGUCGUCGAGUACGAUGCCGGCAAACGUGCCGUCGGUAUCAAGUGUGUCACCAAGAACGAAGAGUUCUUCAACGGACACUUCCCCGGGCGUCCCAUUAUGCCCGGUGUACUGCAGGUGGAGGCUCUCGCACAGCUCGCCGGCAUUGUCUGUCUCCAAAUGGACGGUGCCACACCCGGUGCCGUCUUUUUCUUUGCCGGAGUCGAUGGCGUCAAGUGGAAGAGACCCGUAGUGCCCGGAGACGUACUCGUCAUGGAAGUCGAAAUCAAAAAAUGGAAGGCCAAGUUCGGAAUUGCCAAGGCCACCGGCCGAGCCUACGUCGACGGACAACUCGUCGUGGAAGUAGACGAAAUGACCUUUGCCCUGGCCAAGUAAGUUUGGGAAAAAAGAACCAAAAAGAACACACCGCGCUAUAGCAUAACCCUAAACUGCCACUACCAUACACCCC